AUGUCAGAAUCCAAGGAAGUCAAGGGCAAGGCUCCCGAAGAGGCGACGGAGGCCAGCGAAACGGUCGACCCUCCAUUUGCGGAGAAGAAGAAGCUCUCUGGCAAAUAUACCAAGGAUGGAGAAGGAAAAGAGGGUACCACGUCUCGCGGCAAGUCUGCUAGCUCGAUAAUCACUCCGAAAAUGGCAGAGACUCUACUGGAGAUGAAUCCCUCGCUCAAGAGCGAGAUGGAGGGUAUGAAUAAAGAGCAAGCGACGGAAGCGCUGCGCAAGAUGGGCCUCGAAGAGCCGUUGACGAGCCUCUCGAUCGGAGGUAAGAAUCAGAAAGGCAUGGCGUCUUACAAGUUCUGGCAGACACAGCCUGUGCCGCGGUUCGAUGAGCAGGAGAAAGCUAUCGAGGGACUUAUCAAGAUCGUCGACCCCGAGCAGGUGUCGAAGGAGCCAGAUCAGCUGCUCGAUGGCUUUGAGUGGACUACGCUGGAUUUGACGGAUGAGAAAGGACUUCAGGAACUCUGGGAUCUCCUGACGAACCACUAUGUCGAGGACGACCAUGCUAUGUUCCGCUUCCGUUACUCGCAAUCGUUUCUUCACUGGCGCGUCAUUGCUUCCGCCGUUCUCCUGCCGAUGACUGUGUAA